CUGAGGCGCCAAGGGAUGAACACCAGCGAUGACGUUCCACCCGAGCUGAAGUUUCCCGACCCUCCCAGCAGCCGCUCUGCCCCGUCACACGCAGGCUUCCAAGCAGAAAGUUUCCUCCCAAACUCCCAGGACACGAAGACCACAAGGCGGACAGUGCCCAAACGCCCCUUGUCCCGUUCCCCAGAGCCAAGCGCGUGUGCCCAGUCCCGGCGGCUGAGGGUGCAAAGGGAUCCGAAGGAAGCGCGGACAGCCGCUGUGGGCUGGCAGGGAGCGAUCCCGAGCGGAAGAGAGCGCGGUGCCACGGGACACCCGCGCCACAAGGCGGGAAGGGUUAACCCUGCCUCGCCCAGGCCGCGGGAGCGCCUCCCUCUCCCCAGCCUUCCCUCCCUUCUCCCCUGCCCGACACAGCAGCUGCGCCCCGUAACUCACCUCCACCCCGCCCUUCCCCUCAUCGCGCCGCCGCCGCCUCCAGGCGCCGCCCCGCAGACAGCCCCGGUGCGCUCUGGGAUCCACGCCUCCUCCCUCUUUCUCUCCCUCUCUCCUUUCCUUUUCUCUCCUCCCUGCCCUCCCCUUCCCGGAACUACGGUUCCCGGCGUGCCCCGGGAGCGCGCGGCGGAGCGCGGGGCCCCGCGGUGGAACUUGCCCGGGUGUUUCCUGGCGACGGGGGAAGUGGAGGAGCCGCCGCCGCGGAGAGUGGGAGCCGCGCUUCUCCCCUCCCCGCUCCCGGCCGCCCGAUCUACCAUGAGACCCGCCAUCUUCCCGCUCCUGCCUGACCCUGGCUGCCUCCUGCUCCUCCUGGUUUCUUGGCUUUUUAAUCCAGCAAGAAGUGAAAUAACAAGUCUAGAUAGUGGAAAUAUAGAUGACAUUUUAAACAAUGCAGAUGUUGCUUUAGUUAAUUUUUAUGCUGAUUGGUGCCGCUUCAGCCAAAUGCUACAUCCUAUUUUUGAGGAAGCUUCUAAUGUAAUCAAAGAAGAAUAUCCAGAUAAGAAUCAAGUGGUGUUUGCUAGAGUAGACUGUGAUCAGCAUUCUGACAUAGCUCAGAGGUACAGGAUAAGCAAAUACCCAACUCUGAAACUCUUUCGGAAUGGCAUGAUGAUGAAGAGGGAAUACAGGGGCCAGAGAUCUGUGACAGCAAUAGCAGAUUACAUCAGGCAGCAGAAAAGUAACCCUAUUCGGGAGGUCCAGGAUUUGGAAGAAAUUAGUUCUCUUGAUCGCAGCAGAAGAAAUAUUAUUGGGUAUUUUGAGCAAAAGGACUCUGAUAAUUACAGAACCUUUGAAAGAGUAGCGAAUAUUUUGCAUGAUGAUUGUGUGUUCCUUUCUGCUUUUGGGGCUAUUUCAAAAGCAGAGAGAUUUAGUGGAGACAAUGUAAUCUACAAGCCACCAGGGGAAAAUGCUCCAGAUAUGGUGUAUUUGGGCUCACUAACAAAUUUUGAUUUGAUUUAUGCAUGGACACAAGAUAAAUGUGUACCACUAGUUCGAGAAAUCACAUUUGAGAAUGGGGAGGAACUGACAGAAGAAGGCCUUCCUUUUCUCAUACUUUUCCACAUGAAGGAUGACUUGGAGAGUUUAGAGAAAUUCCAACAGGAGGUUGCACGGCAGUUAAUAGGUGAAAAAGGUACAAUAAACUUCCUCCAUGCUGACUGUGACAAGUUCAGGCAUCCACUCCUCCACAUUCAGAAGACUCCAGCAGACUGCCCUGUCAUUGCCAUUGAUAGCUUCAGGCACAUGUAUGUCUUUCCAGACUUCAGUGACUUGUCAGUUCCAGGUAAACUGAAGCAAUUUGUACUAGACUUGCAUUCUGGAAAAUUGCAUAGAGAGUUUCAUCAUGGCCCUGAUCCAACUGAUGUAGCACCUGGUCAGCCAAUUCAGGAUUUAGCAAGCAGCCCACCAGAGAGCUCAUUCCAGAAACUGGCACCCAGUGAACAUAGGUACACCUUAUUGAGGGAAAAAGAUGAACUUUAAAAAACUUGAAAUAAUCUUGCAAGCCUUUCAGACAGCAGCAUUGACUUCUGUGUGGUGGAAAUAGUAAACCUAUAUUUUCAUAAUUCUAUGUGUAUUUUUAUUUUGAAUAAACUGAAAAAUAAUUUUUUUUCUCCCCAGGCUUGUAAAUACAUUUGUUUGGUGGGUCAUUCUGUACAGCAUCUUUCAAACAGUACAUUCUUAAUGCUAUAGUAAAAUAUCAGAGACCCAUCCAGACUCUUGAUCUAACUCUGUAAAACUUUUAUAAUCCAAAUGAAGGUAUCCUUGCCAGAGACAUGCUGUUAACUUGCACUAUCCCAUUAAAUAGGACUUUUGGGUUGUUUUCUGUGUAACCUUGGUAGUAUGUGCUUUUUCUUCUUCUGUGAACAGCUAUCCUGGUAAUCAAUCUAUUUCUUUGUCACAUUUUUCUCCAACUUAAAAGGGUCUUCUAUUCUGGAUACUUGGGAGGGGAAUAAAUUAAAGUUUUACAGAAUCUUG